AUGUUUGGGAUUCAGGAGAGCAUCCAGAGGAGUGGGAGUAGUUUGAAAGAGGAACCCAUCGGAUCCGGUAUGAACGCAGUUCGGACAUGGAUGCAGGGAGCCGGGGUGUUGGAUGCGAACACCGCCGCUCAAAGUGGAGUGGGUCUUGCCCGGGCGCACUUUGAGAAGCAACCGCCAUCAAAUCUUCGGAAAUCCAAUUUCUUUCACUUCGUUUUGGCUCUAUAUGACAGACAAGGACAACCAGUGGAAAUCGAAAGGACUUCUUUCCUCGGUUUUGUCGAGAAGGAAAAGGAAUCCACUGGAGAAAAGACCAACAAUGGUAUACACUACAGACUGCAACUUCUCUACAGUAAUGGCAUCAGGACAGAGCAGGACUUUUAUGUGCGACUCAUCGACUCCAUGACUAAACAGGCCAUUAUUUAUGAAGGUCAAGACAAGAACCCAGAGAUGUGCCGAGUGUUACUGACACACGAGAUCAUGUGCAGCCGCUGCUGUGACAAGAAGAGCUGUGGCAAUCGCAACGAAACCCCGUCUGACCCCGUCAUCAUAGACAGGUUCUUCCUGAAGUUUUUCCUGAAAUGCAACCAGAACUGUCUGAAGAAUGCAGGGAACCCGCGGGACAUGCGCCGCUUCCAGGUGGUGGUGUCUACUACGGUCAGUGUGGAUGGACAUGUCCUGGCCGUCUCUGACAACAUGUUUGUCCACAACAACUCCAAACACGGCCGCCGGGCUCGUAGACUGGAUCCUUCGGAAGGUACGCCGUCAUACCUGGAACAUGCAGCUGCCCCCUGCAUCAAAGCCAUCAGCCCCAGUGAGGGCUGGACAACAGGGGGCGCAACUGUCAUCAUCAUAGGGGAUAACUUCUUUGACGGCCUCCAGGUCAUCUUUGGCACCAUGCUGGUCUGGAGUGAGCUCAUCACACCCCAUGCCAUCCGGGUGCAGACUCCGCCCCGCCACAUCCCAGGGGUGGUAGAGGUGACCCUCUCCUACAAGUCCAAGCAGUUCUGUAAAGGCACGCCCGGACGCUUCAUCUACACAGCCCUGAAUGAGCCCACCAUCGAUUACGGCUUUCAGCGGCUGCAGAAGGUCAUCCCCCGACACCCUGGAGAUCCAGAACGCCUUCCCAAGGAGGUGAUUCUGAAGAGGGCAGCAGACCUCGUGGAGGCUUUGUAUGGGAUGCCACACAACAACCAGGAGAUUAUUCUGAAGCGGGCGGCGGACAUAGCAGAGGCUCUCUACAAUGUUCCCAGGAACCACAACCAGCUGAGCGGCCUGGGCAAUAGCUCCGUCCACGCAGGCAUGAUGGGGGUCAACUCCUUCCCUGGCCAGCUGGCCGUCAAUGUGUCCGAGUCCUCCCAGGGAGCCAAUCAGGGUUUCAGUCGGAACACGAGCAGCGUGUCUCCACAUGGCUAUGUGCCCAGCUCCACCCCCCAGCAGACUAACUACAGCUCUGUGACCACCAGCAUGAACGGCUACGGCAACACUGUCAUGUCCAACCUGGGAGGAUCCCCCAGCUUCCUCAACGGCAGCGCUGCCAACUCGCCCUACGCCAUCGUUCCCUCCAGCCCCAACAUGGCGUCCUCCACCAGCCUGCCCUCUAACUGUAGCAGCUCUUCUGGGAUCUUUUCCUUCUCCCCUGCCAACAUGGUGUCGGCCGUCAAGCAGAAGAGCGCCUUCGCCCCUGUGGUGCGACCCCAGACCUCACCCCCGCCCACCUGCACCAGCACCAAUGGCAACGGUCUCCAAGUGAUUCCUGGAAUGAUCGUUCCUCCCAUGUAAGCGGUGGUGUGUGUGAGGUGAGGAGAAGGACACACACACCCAGACAUGGAUCUCAGCAUGUACAUAAGGCUCCGGUUUAGGACUGGAUCGUCAGUCCUGCAUUGAAGGAAUGGAACCCAUAACUCAGGCCCUUUUUAAAAGGAAUCACAUUUGAACAAAAAGAAGAUGAAGAAAAAAAAGAAAAAAAAAGAGAAUUUGCAACAACCUCUUUUGAAUUUGUACACCUUGUUGACACUUUUUAAGAGGGAAGGCAAGGCCACAGAUUACCCAGAAAGCCCACCUAAAAACAUUAUUUAUUUUGGAGAGGAUUGACUCUUUCUUUUAUUUUGUGCAUCGUUUGUGUUUUACCUUUGUGCGAGAAUACAUAUUUCCCAUUUUCAAAAUGUAAUACACGCUAUUAGAGGGAUUUUUUUAUUUAUGAAUCUAAAAAAAAGAUAAAUGAAGAAAAUGUUUGUGAAGGAUAAAACAACAUGUUGAAAGUGAGUGG